AUGGUGUUCUCCAAGGUCGCAAACAGGGAGGAGCCAGUAUAUGAUGCAACACGCCCAUUCCCAGCCCUCAAAGUCCUAUACCACUACAAAGUCCUCAGCGCCCCAGGAAAUUCCGUGCUUGCACUCAAAGUCACCUUUCCCCCAGGAGGGUCCACGCCACCUCAUACCCACGCAGGCGCAUUCGUUGCAGUCCACGUGCUAAGCGGAUCCGUCCUGAACAAGAUGGACGAUGACCCCAUGACAAUUAAGAAUGCUGGCGACAGCUUCUACGAGGCUCCUGGGUGCAGACACCGCAUCAGCGAUAACGCCUCGGAGACGGAGGAAGCUGUCAUAAUCGCCAUGCUUAUGCUGAGUACUGAGAAGAUGGACGAGAUUGUCAACAAGGAAGGAGCGGCCGGACUGCUCGUCAUUGACGAGGAAUAUCGCGAGGCGCAGAUGGAAAAGCUUCAGGCGCAACACGGAGCGAAGUGA